AUCACCACUAUCUUUCCUCCCUUCCACUCGACUCCGCCCUUCACCACUUUUCCCCCUCCCCUCCUCUUCACACGCAUGUCCUCCCACUUCUACGCGCACAGUGCCCACCUCCUCCUGCUGGCCUUGGAGCGCAGAUCAUCCCUGAAGAGCAUCGUAGCGCGGGAGUGUCCUCUCUCCUCCGCCUCCUCCUCCCACUCCUCCUCCUCCUCGUUCUCGCAGUCAAGAACGUACACCCUCGCAGAGCAAAAACGCUACCUCGCUACGCUGAUCAAUCUCCUCGCCUGGCGCGGGCCGCUGGAGAUCGUCGUGGUGCAGAGCGGGGUAGAGGGGGAGAAGGAGCUGGGCAAGGCGCUAGGACAGGCGUGGAAGAGGUACGAGGGCUCGGGCUCUACCAAGCAGAAGCAUAAGCAGACGGCGGCGUGUCAUGCCCUCCUCCUGUUGCUGGUCCACGACAUGCUCUGCUCCCGCACGAAACGCAUUGCAGCUUCCCCCGCUUGGCCACCACAUCGAGCCUUAUUGCCCCAUAGGGCACGAUUGCAGGCCGAGCUGGUUAGGCUGCAGGUCGCAAAGGGGAAGGGAAGGAUGGAAGAGUUGAGAAGUGAUUGGCGAGAGGAGGUAGAGGGGGAUAAGUGGGUGAGAGGAAGGUGGGUGAGGGUGAAUGCCCGCAACGCGAGUAUGAACGAAAUGCUUGAUUGGCUGCGGUCACGAGGCUAUUCCCAGGCUCAAGGCGACUCGUUCCCCGAGUCGGGGAGACAAUUUCUCGUCCCAUCGAGGGGUUCGCAUCCGGAAAAUCUGCUUCUCCUCCCACUCUCUGCCACGCCCGACCUCUUAUCCAGCGCGCUCUACAAGGAGGGCAAGGUGAUCCUGCAAGACGCGGCGAGUUGCUGGCCUGCGCACCUCCUCCUGCACAACAGCGCAACCCCUCCCAUGCACGUCCUGGACGCAACGGCUGCCCCAGGGAACAAGACCAGUCAUCUUUCUGCGCUCCUCUCCUCGCGACCCUCCUCUUCCUCCCCACAAGCAGCACGCAUAACAGCCCUCGAGCGCGAUCCGCAACGUUUCCGCACCCUGACUGCCCAGCUCAAACGUUUCGCCUGUCUGCGGCCCGGCGCCGGGAUGGUCACUCCCCUCCAAGCGGACUUCUUGAGCUUAGACCCCUCCUCUUCGAACCCAUCCGCAAGAGAGGUGGCGCUAAGGGACGUCACGCACAUGUUGCUGGACCCUUCGUGUUCGGGCAGCGGGAUCACGGGGAGAUUGGACUGGUUGACCGCGACGGCCACAGAGGAGCAGGACGAAGGGGAGACAGAAGUUGACGAAGCGCACGAAGAAGGGAUGGGAGGGGGAGAGGGAGAGGGGGAAGGCGAGUCUGGUCGACUCGAGAGACUGGCAGCCCUCCAGCUCAACAUGAUCUUGCACGCUUGGCGCUCCUACCCUUCGCUUGAGCGGGUCGUCUACUCGACUUGCUCAGUGCAUCGGAUUGAGGAUGAGGAGGUGGUGAGGAAGGCGCUUGCUUCACCCGAGGCGAGGGGGAGGACCGCGCGGGGAAGAGAGUAUAAGUGGGCGCUCGCGGAGAGGAGGGAAUGUCUGCCGGGAUGGCCUUGGCGUGGGGAGGAGGGGAAGGGGGAGGAGGCGGAGAGGAUGAUGCGCGCUUAUCCUGCCGGGGAGAUUGAGGAUGCGUGCGAGGGGGAAGGGAAGCGCAUCCACCUGCUACGGACCAACGGCUUCUUUGCUGCUUGUUUCGUCAAGAGGUGGGAGGACGAGGAGAGAGGGACGAAAGUGUCGCUCAAUGAACGAGGGGAGAGUAGGAACGCCGAGGAGGGAGAGCAAGGAGGAUCGACGAGCACCAGCUCGACGACGGCGGCUGAGCGAAAGAAGCGUAAGCGUCUACGCCAGAAGGCGAGCAGGGAGGCUAAGAGGGCAAGAGGGGAGGGCGAGGGCGAGGGCGGUGAGCCGAGAGGAGAGGAGAGUGAGGAAGAGGAGGAGCAGGAGGAGUGGAAGGGGUGCGCAGAUUGAGUUGCUCGCCUCGCCGUGUCAACCUGAUAUUAUUAGCAUUAGCACGCCCGCGAUUACAGCUUGG